AUGAGAGGGCUCAUCUUCUGCUGCCUUGUGGCCCUGACCACAUGUCAAAGUGUCCGAUAUGAGUUCAGGCUAAACUCCAAGAAAACCUACGAAUACAGAUAUGAAGGACUGGCCAAUUUUGGACUGGGCAUACCAAACCUGGCUGAAUCUGGGGCCAAACUAAUCUGCAAGGUCAAGAUUGUCGGCGUGUCUGCGCAGACCUUCCUCCUUCAGAUUUCAGAUUUGGCCUUCGAGGAGUUUAACGGCUUCGCAGGGAAAGACAGCUUCAUCGCUGCCCCGAAACUCAGCCAGCGCAUCUCGGCCCAGCUCGUCAAACCCUUCAUGUUUGACUUUGCCGGUGGGCAUGUGGGCAACAUCCACGCCUCUGCUGAGGUAUCUGACACUGUUGUCAACAUCAUUAGAGGCAUACUCAGCUUCUUCCACAUCACUGUCAAGACCACACAAAGAUUCUAUGAACUUGAGGAGGCUGGCAUUCAUGGCAUGUGCCAGAGUAACUAUGCCAUUGAAGAAAACAAGGAAACAAGGGACAUGACGAUAACUCAGGUCGUGGAUGUCACGAACUGCAGGGAGAAAGCAGAACGCUACAGAGGAAUGGCCACUGCUGUGUUUGACGAUAUUUCCAAAAAGAGAGGGGAUUCUAUUGUUACAACCAUGAGAUACGUUUACUCAAUCAAACCAACAGUUGAAGGAGGCCUCAUUUCCAGGGCUCAUGGCUUGGAGCAGCAACACUUCAGUCCUUUCAAUGUGAAGGGGGGAAGUUUCAAGAUGAAAGCAACGAAGGAGAUAGUGCUGCUGGAUGUGAGAGACACACCUUCUGCUGUUACAUUUGGGCCGUUGACAAACAGAGGCAACAUUAUUUACAAAUUUGCCAAAGCCGGAGCACAUAUUCCCAUUGUCAUGCAGAACCUGGAGGAUGCAGUAUCAAAGGCUGUUGAGUUGAUCAAACAUUUGGCUCAAGUCAAUAACUUCCAAAUUGACAGUGAAACAACUGAGGAUGUGAUGAAGUUGUAUCAACUCCUGCGAUUGGUGCCGUACGAAGGAUUAGAAGUUAUGUGGAAGCAGUUUGCUGCCAAUGAUGAGCACAGACGUUGGUUUUUGGACACGAUUGUGGAACUCAAUGAUGCCAGAAUCCUUAAGUUCCUCCAAAUGAGGUUCCAGGAUGGAGACAUAACUGCAUCAGAGGCGUUCCAAACGCUCUUGGUGGCCUUCAACCAUCUAGACGCUAUUCCUGAGCUGGUUGAAAUGGCUAAAAUGUUCCUGAACCUAACCUACAGUAGAGCUAACAUCUUAGUGUGGCAUACUGUGGCACUUUCUUAUGGCUCUCUGGUGUACAAGCACUGUGCCUAUUACACACCUUGUCCAGUGUCUGUUGUUCAGCCACUACUGGACUUCGCUAUGGACAGUCUGAAGAAUAACAAUGAGCAAGACAUGGUUUUGGCUCUGAAAGCUCUGGGCAACGCGGGUCAUACAGGCAGCAUUAAAACCAUCAUGCGCUUCCUCCCUGGAGUGUCCGCCAACCCGGUGGAGCUUCCUCCUCGUGUGCUGAGUGCUGCUGUCCAGUCCUUGAGACUCAUUUCUGCACGAGACCCCCACAGUGUCCAAGACAUCACUAUGAGUCUUUACUUGCAAAAGGACCUUCCUGCUGAGUUACGCAUGUUGGCCUUCAUGAUCUUAUUUGACACAAAGCCACCGAUGGCGCUGGUGUCCACUGUGACUGCACAUCUGCUGGAGGAGAAGGACCUUCAUGUUGUUAGUUUUGCGUACUCCUACUUGAGAAGCAUGGCCAGAUCCAGAACUCCCGACAAUCAAUUCCUGUCUACUGCCUGUAACGUAGCAGUGAAAAUCCUUGCCCCAAAAUUUGGUCGCCUCACCUAUCGCUUUAGCAAAGCAAUGCGCUUGGACUGGUUCAAUGAUGAUUUACUCCUUGGCACAGCUUCAGAGUUCUUCAUGCUAAGAAAUGCAACAGAAAUCAUCCCCACUGAAAUUAUGAUGAAAGGAAAAUUGUAUUUUAUCGGUAGAAUUCUGCAGCUUGUGGAGAUGGGUAUACGUGCUGACGGAAUCAAUGACAUCUUUGGCUCCAUCAUGUCGGAAUUUAAGGGAGAUUUCAGUGACUUCCAGGCCAUUUAUCAUCAACUUCAUAACUUGGAAACUCGGGCCGGUGACAAACCUCUUCUUCAUUUCUAUUCUCGCACUUCUGGACAAGAGUGGUUCUUUGCAGAUAUCAACAGAGAGUUUAUUCGCAAUAUCAUCAACGCUGUCGGUCCUUCUGCAGGCAAAGACAACCCUAUCUGGACCGUCAUUGAGAAUUUACAGAAGGGAAUUUCAUGGCAUCGAACAAAGUCCUUCUUAAUCUUUGAGACUCGCUACUUCGUCGCUACCACUCUUGGCUUACCACUGGAGAUCAGCAAAUAUUAUCACAGUCUUAGUGGCAUAACUGUGAAUGCAAAAGCUACAAUAAAUCCACCACUGACUGACCGUCUUGGACAACUCUUGACCUCAGAAAUUUUGCUGGAGACUGAUGGCUUUGUUGGUUGCACAAAGGAUAUUUGGCUGUCCUAUGGUAUCAACACUGAGCUUUUCCAGAGUGGUGUUGAGUUUAAAAGCAAAAUACCAUAUUCAAUCCCAUGGAAGUUAUCAGGCAAGGUUAACAUCAGAGAAAAGAAAUUUGAACUUGACAUCCCUUUGAGCAAAAAGGAAGUUGACCUCAUCACCGUCAGCUCCAAUGUAUAUGCAGUCUCCAGGAACACUGAAGCGCCCAAUUUGCCUAAAAUGACCCCAAUGAUGCCCAGAGCUAUUGACUCUAAUGACGAAAUAGUCCGAAAGGAUCCGACAGUUGUGCAGUCUGAAAAUGAAGAGAUGCAGAAGCCCAACAACUGGCAUCCAAGGACCAAAAUGUGCACUGAGAUUAAUAUUUAUGGAGCGGUUUUCUGUUUUGAAUCCGAGUUGAGACGAGCAUAUUACCACGAGGAGUACCCCUUGUACUACUUCCUGGGAUACACCAACGUGGCACUUAAAGCAGUCCCAGUCCAGCCAAACAAAGCUGUUGACAAGAUCCGAUUUGAGGUCACUGCCGGUCCAAGCCAAUAUCCAACCAGCACCCAAGAACUCCUUGAAACUCUAGGGAGGCUCUCCAAGGAAUCCUCAUUGCGAAUGCAACUCUCCUCAGAUUCAGAAUCAAGUGAAACAGAACUUAAUCUGAGCUCUCCUGACAUGGUCUUCAACUCAACACCUGUAGCUAUUUUCAACAUCAGAGCUCUUGCAGUGAGCGGGAAUAGUAAGCCUGAAGGUUAUGAAACAGUUGUGUACUACACACCCAAGACCAACCUUAAGAACACCCAACUCAUUGUGUCUCAGAUGGGAGACAAUACCAAUUGGAAAAUGUGUAUGGACACGGUGCUGGAUGGCCGCACAGAAGCAAAGGCAGACCUCAGAUGGGGAGCUGAAUGUCAGUCCUUUGAAAUGUCAUUGAGAGCCAAUACUGCACGUCUGCCUGGUUCCAAGCCAACGCUAAGGGCCAAAGUCCACUGGACCAGAAUUCCGGAAACCAUGACAGAGUUUUUCAGAGGUAUUAAGACCUAUAUCCCAGGCAUGGCUUUCCUUCUUGGCUUCAACCAGCAGUACGAGAGAAAUCCAAUGCAGGAAGUUUCUGCUUCAGUUGUAGUUGCCUCGGCAGACAGCAUCGAUGUGAGGUUUCAAAUCCCAGAGUAUACAGUGUACCGCCAGUCUAUUCCAGUUCCUCUGCCACGUAACAGUCUUCAGGAAUUCGAAUACAGCACCAGAAACACAACAAUGUAG